AUGCGCACCAUCCAGCAGAAAGAACUCGAGGCGCACAACUCAAGCAAGUCCUGCUGGGUCACCCUCGCCACCUCAGACCGUGUCUACGAUGUCACGGAGUUCGUUGAUGACCAUCCAGGCGGCGGCGAGCUCAUCCUUGAGUAUGCCGGUAGAGAUGUCGACGCCAUCAUGCGCAAUGAAGACUCCCAUGCGCAUUCAGAGUCCGCGUUUGAGAUGAUGGAAGAUUAUGCGAUUGGUGUCCUGACUUCAGGUGCGGCAGUCAUGAGUAAGCUUCCUGGACAGGAAGGCCAAGUCAUGUCGCUCGAGGAGGCUGAUGCUGAGCGCGAAGUAUUUGAACUCACCGGUCUCUCCUGUGCCGAGGAUCUCGUUAAGGAAACGGAUAUCGCCGCAGACCACAAGCAGCACAAGUUCAUUGACCUCGACAAACCCAUGCUCAUGCAAGUCUGGCGUGCUGGAUUCAGCAAGAAGUUCUACCUCGAGCAAGUCCAUCGCCCGCGUCACUACAAAGGAGGAGCAUCUGCACCGCUUUUUGGCAACUUUCUCGAACCAUUGAGUUUGACGCCUUGGUGGGUCGUGCCUGUUAUCUGGCUUCCUUGCAUUAUCACAGCGGCUGUUGUCUCACAUGGUCGACUUGGCACCUUGCCAUUCAUCUUGGACUUCAUCUUUGGACUCAUCCUCUGGUCCUUUAUUGAAUAUGUCAUGCAUCGCUUCUUAUUCCACGUCGACGACUACAUGCCAGACCACCCAGCGGCCCUCACUGCACACUUCUUGCUGCACGGCGUACAUCACUACCUGCCCAUGGACCGUCUCCGGCUCGUGAUGCCACCGACUUUAUUCAUUGCUCUUGCCUUUCCCUUCUGGAAACUAGCAACGGCGCUCUUCCCUUACAACCACGCCCUUGCAAUCUUCAGUGGCGGUAUCCUUGGGUACCUCCACUAUGAUGUGGGUCACUACAUGUUGCAUCACAACAACUUGCCAGCGUAUUACAAGGAACUCAAGAGCUACCAUCUUGCGCACCACUACCAAAAUUACGAGCUUGGCUUUGGUGUCUCGAGCAAGUUUUGGGAUGGUGUUUUUGGUACGACGUUGGUACUUCAAAAGGCGAGUUAA